ACGGUGCGUGUGUGUCUAUAUUGUUAAUUUCCGCGCGAUAUGGAAGUCGCGCAGAAGGUGCAGUACGACGCGUGUGAUAUGCAGAACGAAGAGCUGAGUUGGAGCUGUCGCAACAACAGCCCGGACUACGAUGUCGUCGGUGUCCUGGACUCGUCCGUGGAGGACAUCGGCUCGCCGCCCCCGCUGCAACCGCGUAAGCUGUUCAGCGCAAUGGAUUGCAACGAUGAUGAAAACGGCCAGCCAACAAACAAUAACAAAAUUCCGCCCUCUAUCGCGAAAGCACCUACUCCAUCCACGAAGGGCUCUUUUUCAAGCAUUUUCAGUCGUUUUAGUAGUUGUUCUCAAAAAAUUCCAACAGCAUGCAGUCCACCCUACAAGAGCGUGAGAACCCUAUGUCUACGUGAUUCGCCUACUACACCAAAAACUUUAAUACAGAAGAGUGUGCUGCAAACCCCGGUUCCUUCUAGAUGUUCUUCUAGAUUUUCUCUAGACAAACCUAGACCUUCUAAAAUAAGUCCCAGUUACCAAAAUAAGUCUGAGAAGCCUGUAGCAAACGUAAAUCCAUUUACACCUAAUAGCAUUUUAAUGACAGCAAGAAAAAGAUCCAGAUCCAAACGUAGUCUUAAUGGAAGCAGUUGCUCACCGGACAUGCAAAUACCAAAGUUUGACUUCGUCGACUCCGAGGAUUCCGAUAACGAAUACGAGCACGCGACGAAGCGCGUGGCAUUACAGGAUUCGAAUAUAUUACGGUACCACAAAGAGUUUCACGAGGUGGAGUUAAUCGGGACUGGCGAAUUCGGCUCAGUGUUUAAAUGCAUCAAUCGACUGGACGGGUGUACGUACGCCAUCAAGAAGAGCAUUAAGCCCGUGGCAGGCAGUAUGAACGAGAAGAAUGCGUUGAACGAGGUGCAGGCGCACGCUGUGCUGGGCAAGCACGAGCACGUGGUGCGUUACUAUUCCGCGUGGGCGGAGGACAAUCACAUGAUCAUCCAAAAUGAAUACUGCAACGGCGGCAGUCUCGCGGACACAAUCGUUGUGCUACAGAAUCAGAAAAAGUACUUCACCGAGCCAGAAAUGCGCCAGCUGCUGCUGCACGUAGCCGAGGGUUUGAACUACAUACACAGCAAACAGUUGGUGCAUAUGGACAUCAAGCCCGGCAACAUCUUCAUUUCCAAAGAGAAAAGGUUGCUCGCCAUCAACUACGAUUCUGCUGACGAUGGUUUCGACGAAGAAGAGACUGUCGAGGAGGAGAUCACCUACAAGAUUGGUGACUUCGGCCAUGUUACCACCAUCAACAAUCCGCAGGUGGAGGAGGGCGACUGCCGAUACCUGCCGACGGAAAUCCUGCGGGACGAUUUCAGUCAUCUGCCGAAAGCCGAUAUUUUCGCCCUAGGACUGACCGUUUACGAGGCGGGCGGUGGCGGACCCCUGCCGAAGAACGGACCUGCGUGGCAUGACAUUCGACUAGGAAAUUUGCAAGAAUUGUCGCACUGUAGUCGCGAUCUUAACAGCUUGCUAAAGUUGAUGAUUCACCCCAACCCAGAAAUGAGACCUUCGGCGAUAGCUUUGAUACAACACCGGGUCUUGUGCCCGCUCGGAAAUAAGACCAAAGCGCAACUUCGAAGGGAACUGAACGCCGAGAAACUCAAGAAUGAGAUUUUGUCCAAACAACUCCACGAUGCAGCGAUGUAUCUGAAGAAUAUUGCACCGAAUGUCGCCCCUGGAGCCGAGGGUAACAAUAGCAGUCGACUGUUACGACCGAUAGCUAUCAGGAUGGCGUCAUCCCGCGUUAUAGGCAAAAAGGUCAAUCGUAGUAAUAGCACUACAAAUUUUUGAAUCUUCCUUGAGUUUAUGACAGAGCAAAACGGUAGGGUUGAAAGGUGAAAUUAGGGGAGCGAUUGGUUUCCUACAACACCUUGCCAUGUGAUAUCGUAUCUAGUUUAAGUAUGAUUAUCCCGACGAUAGGACACUCAUAUGCCAUACGCGCAGUUGUGGAUAAACAUUCUUCCUAUGAUGAGGGUAAUGCGUUAACGAUUGUUUAUGAUAUAGCUGUAGACGAUGUUUAUCUUAAUACUUAAUACUAUCAUACCGGUCGUGCAUCUUUUUUGAUUGUCGAGAAGAAAAUCGUUAGUAUACCAGACUAUAGCAAGUAAAUUUGCAGUAUUAGAAAACUCUGAGGAAGCAAGGUCGUGUAAUUCGCGAAAUUUCCGACAUGUGACAAUAUAAUCUGAAAAUAGAGUCGAUUGCUAGAAAGUUGCUUUUGGAUCAUCGCAAGAUGGGAUGAAACUGCAUUAUAGCAGGCUAAUUUUGUGCAGUAAGAAAGGUUUUGAGACCAACUUAAUGUCCAUUCCUCUUGUUUCAACGUUGAUAGGAUUUCUCUUAUUUAUCCAUUUCUUUUCUUAUGUACUGGACUCUAAAACUUCUCUUAUUCUGAUGCAAAGUUUCAAUUAAUGCAAUUUUAUUCUAUCUCGGUGUGCAGUGCAUGCGGAGUAAUAAGAAAGAAUGAUCUGGAAACAUUGCAUGUAAAUUAAUUGAAAUAUCUAUUACAACCUUGAACGCACAAAAUUUACUUUUAAGAUUCAGAAAACUUUCAAUUUU